GUUGUUUUGGACCAUCGAUCCACCUUGCUGGAAGUUAACAACACGUAGGAGAUGGAACUUGCAGUGGGAAGAAGAAGCUUAUUACGAGCUCUGCCCACCUUCUUUGCGUCACCUGCAUUUCCGUCGUCGAACGGGAUAGCAGGAAAAACAUCACCCGUAAAAACCGCACCUUGUCCGCGGAAAUGUCGGAGUCUUGUUGUUCGAGCUCAGCAGCGCCCUACCUGGCUGCCGGGGCUCGACCCUCCGUCUUAUCUUGACGGAACUCUUGCUGGGGAUUUCGGGUUUGAUCCUCUUGGACUUGGAGAGAAUCCGGAGAGCUUGAGAUGGUAUGUGCAAGCAGAGCUGGUUCAUGCCCGUUUCGCCAUGGCUGGGGUUGCUGGAAUUCUUUUUACAGAUUUGCUUCGUGUGACAGGAAUAAAAGACCUACCAGUGUGGUAUGAAGCAGGAGCAACAAAAUUUGAGUUUGCCAGCACAAGAACUCUGAUUGUUGUUCAGCUCUUAUUGAUGGGUUUUGCUGAAACCAAAAGGUAUAUGGAUUUCUUGAACCCUGGUUCUCAAGCACAGGAAGGAACCUUCCUCAAUAUAGAAGCUGCACUUGAAGGCCUUGAACCCGGGUAUCCUGGUGGGCCCUUGUUCAAUCCAUUGGGUCUGGCUAAAGAUAUCAAGAAUGCCCGAGAAUGGAAGCUCAAAGAGAUCAAGAAUGGAAGGCUAGCUAUGGUCGCAAUGCUCGGCUUCUUCGUCCAGGCUUCGGUUACUCAUGUGGGCCCCAUAGAAAAUCUUGCCCAGCACCUCUCAGAUCCGUGGCACAAAACCAUCAUUCAAACUCUUGCUGGAUCUGGUUCUUGAUUUUCUGGAGAGUUUAGUCACAACAAAACAUUCUGAUAUGUAUAUGGUGAUAUAAGAACAAGAUAAAGGAUUGCAUAUAAUCCUUCUUGUUUUACUCAAUACAUUGCAAAUUUAAUGAAGAAAUUUAUGAGCAAGAAUUAA